GACCCAGUCUCAGUCCCAGCCCCAGCGUUAGUCUACGCCCGUCGCUCCCUCCUUAGUCCGGGCCGGCCGGCCGGCCAGCUCCGCUCUCUGCCCGCCCCCAAGGGCCCCGAGGAUGCCGAAGCCGACACUGCUCCUGCGGGGGGGUUGGGACCGCAGCCCCGGGGACACGGAGCUGGGGCGCCAGUUCCGGGACUGGUGUCUCCGGACCUACGGAGACUCAGCCAAGACCAAGACGGUCACUCGUAGCAAAUACCAGCGGAUCGCCGAGGUCCUGCAAGGCGGGGGCAGCGGGACCACGGGUGCCGGCAACAGCGGCCCCUCAUCAGGGGAGAAAGGCAAGUUCCAGUUUUGGGUCCGCUCCAAGGGCUUUCGGCUGGGGACCAGCAGGGAGCCGAAGAUGGGUCAAGUGGUGUAUGUGCCGGUGAAAACUGGAACGGGGGCAGAUGGACUGUCGGAGCCUGAGGGCAUCUCUCUGAAACGGGUAGCUGUGGUGGAAGAUUUCUUUGACAUCAUCUAUUCCAUGCAUGUGGAGAGCUCUGCAGAGCCAGGCAAAACCCCCAAGCAUGCUGGGCAGAAGAAAACCUACCGAGCGAUUGCAGAAACCUACGCUUUUCUCCCAAGGGAAGCUGUGACCCGGUUCCUGAUGAGCUGCACAGAAUGUCAAAAGAGGAUGCACUUUAACUCCAAUGGGUUAGAGCCCAAAGAAAAUGAGCCUCCCUCCCCUCUGGUUUCUGGGAUCAUCGACUACAACAUGCCCCUCACUUCGACAUACCUGAAGCAGAUGAAGCUACGGGUAAUGAAUUCCCAGGAGCAGGAUGAGACUUCCGUGAGCAGUGAGGAUUUUGAUAUGAAUGACUCCACAUGGAUGUCAGCUGAUCAACAUCUAAGCUCCAGCUUGAGCCCCAGCCAGGACGAGAGGAUGCGGAGCCCACAGAACCUCCCUAGCCAGGAGGAUGAUGACUCCUCGUCAGAGAGUUGCAGUGGGAACGGCUCCUCGACGUUGAACCCCUCCACCUCCAGCAGCACCCAGGGGGACACCUCAUUCCCCGAGAUGAACGGUAAUGGCGCUGUGGCCCCCAUGGACUUCACAGCCUCGACGGAGGACCAGCCUAUCAACCUCUGUGACAAGCUCCCCGCCUCUCAUCUCCCCACCUCUUACCCAGCAGACAGCUGCAGCGCCGACGGGCUUCGAAGCAGGGUGAAGUAUGCUGUGAAGACAACCCCAGAGUCCCCUCCAUAUAGCUCUGGGAGUUAUGACUCCAUCAAAACAGAGGUCAGUGGCUGCCCUGAGGACCUGACUGUGGGCCGGGCUCCCACAGCUGACGAUGAUGAUGAUGACCAUGAUGACCAUGAGGACAAUGACAAGAUGAAUGACUCAGAGGGGAUGGACCCUGAACGUCUCAAGGCCUUCAAUAUGUUCGUGCGCCUUUUUGUUGAUGAGAAUUUGGACCGCAUGGUGCCUAUCUCCAAGCAACCCAAGGAGAAGAUACAGGCCAUCAUAGAGUCCUGCAGCCGCCAGUUCCCUGAGUUUCAGGAGCGAGCCCGCAAACGCAUCCGCACUUACCUCAAAUCCUGCCGUCGUAUGAAGAAAAAUGGCAUGGAAAUGACCAGACCCACUCCUCCCCACCUGACCUCAGCCAUGGCUGAAAAUAUCCUGGCAGCCGCAUGUGAGAGCGAGACAAGGAAAGCAGCCAAGAGGAUGAGACUGGAGAUCUACCAGACAUCCCAGGAUGAGCCGAUCGCUCUUGACAAGCAGCAUUCCAGGGACUCUGCAGCCAUCACCCACUCGACCUACUCACUGCCAGCUUCCUCAUAUGCCCAGGAUCCCGUCUACAUCAAUGGCAGCCUGAACUACAGCUACCGCAGCUAUGGGGCUUUGGGCAGCAGUCUGCAGCCCCCAACUUCCCUCCAGACAGGAAGUCACAGUAACGGUCCUACAGAUCUCAGCAUGAAAGGUGGGGCUGCCUCCACCACCACGACCACCACCACGACCACCACCACCACCUCCUCUUCCUCCUCUUCCAGCAACAGCACCAGCCGGGGCAUGGCCACCGCCCAGCUCAGCCCCACGGAGAUCAGUGCAGUGCGGCAGCUCAUCGCUGGCUACCGAGAGUCUGCUGCCUUUCUCCUGAGGUCUGCAGAUGAACUGGAAAACCUCAUAUUGCAGCAAAACUGACGCCCCAGCGCCCAGAGAGCUCCUAUGUCACAUGACAAUUUCCACCCUGGAGAAAGGGGCUGCCCCCAGCUGAGGACCUGGUGUCCUCUUUCCCCUCUAGCUGGUACAUUUUAUUUAAAGAAAAAAAAUGGGUGGAACCUAAAAGAGCUGUUUCUACACACACUCCAAGCACCUGGGACUUUGGGCACAAGGACACUUUUUAUUUGUUUUGAAUCUCACCACACAGGUGCACUUACCUGCUUGGAAGAAGCCAAACGGGCAGCUUUGGAGGGGGUUUGAACUUUCUUGACAGGGAGCUUGGGAGCUGCGGCCGUAUUUAGAAUAACCUUCGUGGACCCUGACGUUAGAAUCCCAUCCCCAGAUAAUUACCUUUCAAGUCUUAGGUGAGCAGAAUUGCAUAUUUAUUGAGAAAAAAACAAAAUGGACCCUCCUCCUCCUCCUCCUCCUCUACCCUUAGUAAUUUAUUUUUCUGAAAAUGGAUUCUUUUGUGUUUGUACAGAUCGCUAGUUUGUGUCUGUCUGAUCAGAAGGAAUUUAUUCCUAUGAACUAACAUUCCAUAUCACUACAGUGAUGAGGGGUGGGCAGCAGGGCGGAGAGGCGGAACAAGGCCAGCUUCUCCUGGGCAUGCCUCGUGCCACAGGGUAGAGGUUACUUACAACCUGGGCCUGGAGCUUCUGGCCCACCUAUCCUGCAGUAAGCCACCAUGAGGCUGAACUGCACACACUAGCUGUCAUGUUUAGACUCAUAUACGCUCUCAAUCAGACCCCACUGCUGCUACAGGAACACAGUCUCCUCCAGUCAGUAACCUCAGCACGGGCGCCACCAAGUGGAAGGACCUCACACACAGAGCAAACCCAACCCCAUCCCAACCCCACUACUGUGGCAGUCCCACUUCUGCAAAACCCCCAUCACAUGGUCACCAUCUGUCUUCUACCUCACACUCCAACGUGGGCUUUUUCCAGUAUGGAUGUGCCCUGAGCCUGCUCAGAAUGGCUGUUCCCCAACUUUUCCCCACCCCCAAUACCUUAACUAUGAAGUGAAUCCAAAUUGGGUAUCUGAGAAAUGAAGGGCAGUGAGCUUCCUGUAAGUCUAAACCAGCAAAUGCCAGACACCUGAGCCCCAACCCCUCCUAACUGCUGAGGCCAUAGAAGACAGCCAGAUGACAGCUCCUUUACAAACCUCCCCUCUCACCACCUUUCUUGGUGAGCAAAAACAAACCUUUCAUUGGGGGUGUGCAAAGGAAAAUAACUCGUGGCUUCCACUCUCCCUGGGAGAAAGCUUGAGGAAGGUAAGGAGAAAGUCAUGCUCCUCUAGGUAGGGUGUCCGGCAACUACUUCCCUCUCCCCUCUCUGCCCAGUCGACUGGUGGAUCAUAAAAAGACCGUGAAGCAGAUGCCACAGAAUCCCUCCUGGGACCAGUUUCCCUUGGUGUGAACAGUCCAGGAAGAAACCCACAGUCCCUAGAGUGUGAAGGAAAAAAAAAAAAGAGUUGGCCUGGUUUCUUCCCUUCCUAUAGGCACUUCCUUUUGCUCAGUGCAAUACCUACCAGUGCUGCUAAAGCCAGGGGCUUUGCUUAGACCUCAAAGGGCCAUGGCAAGGCCUCAAUGCAACAUGUGCAGUAGCCAUAAGUGCAGCAAUUGCUGCCUGCUGACCUGUGAGACUUCUAGCUCCUUUAUCUCAGCGAAGGCCACCUUUACCCAGCUGAAGCAGAAUGGAACCCAAGGUGACUGGCUGAGUGGAGCAGACAGCUCCCAGCAAACCACCUUGGCUCUCAUAUCAAGACCCCUCCCCCUCAAACCAGCUCCUCUGUAGCCUUGGUCACUCCCUCUUACAGCAUUCAAGAUGGUGGCAGGCUUCCCUCAGGACGGGAGGGAGGGAACUAGAUCGGACUAUUCCUCCUUCCAGGCACAAAAACCUGUGGCCUGGGUCUAGCCAGGAAGGCCCCUGGAUGAGUGGCAAAGGACAAGGGGCAACCGAAAGAUGAGGAACCCACCACUCUGCCUUUCAACCCCCCACUAAAAGUGGUAUACACUGUUCCCAGGGACAGUAGGGCUCCCACAUGCCAUUUUAAUCACACCAGUUCUGUCAAAAUAAGCCCUUUCCUUGACUGAUUUUUUUGGGCAGCCUAGGCCUCGUCAGGGUUGAAACAGCCAAGACAGAUCCACAUCACAGCACAAACUUCAGUGCCCAGAGCUUCUCCCCCUACACUUAUAUACUUCCCAGACCAUGCACCGUUCAGAUCACAGCACUCCCUAGUCCCCCCUGCCCCAACACACACACACACACACACACUCUUGACAUUUGAAUUUGUGUAAAUAUUUAUUUUUGUGUGUGAACAAUACUACAAAGUAACCAACAGACCUUUUGCAAAAUGUUACCCCAAGCAAUUUGUGAAAGUCUUAAUGUUAAAAAAAAUGGCUGAGACAAUCGCCGCCUUAGAAUUCUUGUUAUCAAUUGCUUACAUGUUUCACCUUCUUGAGGCAGCAACCAGGCUAAUCCCAGAGCUAUCAGUCUCUUGACACACUAUGACAUAAGGAAGACAUGGGGAGAGGUGCCCCUCACAAGGGACUGUAUAAAGAGCAGCAUUUGCUACAAUUUGAAGUUGGAUUUUUCUGAGUUCAAGCGUCCUAAUAGAUCACUUUCGGCCCUGCCUUAGUACUGUGGUAAGAGUGUAGGUUUAAUAAGAACCACAUGCUACUGGGAGAAGACAGGACUCUCAGGUGUAGCUGAAGGACAAUAGAUUCCCCACCAUGUUACCAUCACCUCCUAGGUUUAACCUGCACCUGGUGGGUCAGCUAGUUUUGAAGCCCUAAUAAUGAAUGGCAGAAUCUGGAGCAGGUUAUUAAGUGGAAACAGGACCCCAUUUCCUAGUAUAGUAACAGAAAUUUCUUGGGUUCUUGGUUUGCCUUUUUUUUUUUCUCUCAUUUAAAAGAUGCAGCUUCUUCCCCUCCCACCCCAUACUCCUCACUGUCUCUUCCCAAGUACCAGCAUGCUUGUUCUGGCUGUAGGCCUGAAGAACAUGUUCAUAUCUGCCCUGGUCUCCAUUCCAACUGCAGCUCUGCUCCCUAAGGCUAUUUCAAAAGCCAUGUCCCAAAUGUCCUAAAUUCUUGCUGAAGGGCCCAAGGGUUAAACUCCAUUUUGGAUUUUAAGAGGGAAAGGAAAAAAGGAAAAAUGAACAGCAAGAAUGUUUGGGAUAGGUUUUGGAAGAGUAAGGAGGAUAAGUGUUAAUGAGGAGAGAGCUGAUUGGGACUUGGGACUUUGUAGAUCAAACCCAUGGGGAAACCCGUGAUUGUGUUUAACCCAUCUGAAAUUCAUCUUACCUUCAUACCUUGUACACAUCAAUUAUUCAGUUCCUGAGGACAGUGUUGUAAUGAGGGGGGAAAGCGUUCAGAGGAUUUCCAAACAGGUGAGACCCGUCUACUCCGAAUCCAAAGGGCCACUCACCACUCCAGGGGUGGCUGGUGGAUUAACUACCAGUCCAUUUUCAAAAUGCUGCUUUGAACUCAGAGGGUUAAUAUACUUUUAAUUUGUAAUUUUUUGUAAAACUUUUUACAAGGUAGUGUAGUAUUUCACCAGAAUACCAGUUUCAAUCCGUCCAUGGUCUGAUUUUUAUAUAAUUUAGUGGUGCUUUAGAAAUUUUUGGUUUUUGUUGGUUCCGAGCUCAAGAGCUCGAUUCUUUGCCUGUAUCUACCUAAGACCAAUGUGAACCUUUGUCUUUUGGCUCCUAAUUUUGGACUCAGUGAAAGUGUACUGUUUACAUGUACAGAUCCCCCCAUCCCUGUGUGGUCUGCAAGACUCACUGUUGAGGAGGAAGAUGCUCCUCACUCAACUCAUCUGCUUAGUAAAGCCACAAAUCUCUUCUCUUUUACCUAUGUUUCCACCUAAAAGAGGAAAAAAAUAAUUUUUUUAAACUCACCACAAUAGAACUAAGAUUUGCUACAAAUACUUCUGGAACUAGCAAAUCAUUUCCUUUUUUGCAUGGAUGACCCAUGGUCCUUUGUGUUGUGGUUGGUCCAGCAGUGAUAGUCAAAGUAAGGACACCUCUUGAUCUCUUUGGUUGGUAAGUGGCAUAGAUGGAGAAUUGUCAGCACCUAGAUGGGUCUAAUUCUCAUGAUAAAAAGAUGGAAAAGCAGAGGUUAUACUAGCCUUUGGGUCCAAAUGGCUAUAAGGGACAACCCAACAGGCCUUCACCUUCUGGCACAAUACAGGUUGGUAGAACAGUAUAAAUCUGAUACUGAGGAGAUAAGAAAUGAAGACUUUCAAUAUUUCUUCAGUACUUACUUGGGACACUUGGGGACCCAGGAGGGAAUAACCACCUUUUGGGAGAGGCUCAGAUAGCACGAAUAUGGCACUUAAGACAAUAAAAGGAUUCCAACUUCUAAAGGUGACACUUUACUACUUAAUCAACUGUUUCACCUCGAAAUUAUAUUUUUACAGAGAUGCACCUAUGCAACUUAAUGUGGCUUUUUUAAGCAGAUGAGGACUUCCUCCUCAAUGCUCUCUAUAAAAAUUAUUUGUGUUCUAUAUAGUGGGUUUUUCCAGUAAAUGUGGCUUAAUAUUUUAAUUCUUAGAAUGUGUGUCUAUUCUAUGUGAUGCAACUGAAUUCUGUUUUGUUUGUGGAAUGAUUAGCACAGGCCAAUGCCCUCCCCCUCACUUAACAAAAGACCAAUGAGCUGUUAAUCAAGCUGUUCUCUCCAUGGUAUUACUUGCUAAAUGCACUGAUUUCAUAAGUACGUGGAAUCCUUUUUCUUUGGAAUCUGUAUAUCAUAUAUAAGACUGAAUCUACUUAAUAAACACACUGUAUAACAAACA